AUGGAGAAAGACUCUCCAUCCAAACCAUCGGUGGCUGAACUAGCUGGAAGAUUCAAAGGCCAUAUUCCACCCAUGCCCAGCUCAAACAACCAGGCGCCAAUCCGACGAAGACCUCCCUGCUCUCUGAAGCUGCAACCCCAAAAGGAUGACCCUGAGCACUCUCCAAAAACCAUCUCCCCUUCCAAUCCUCUGAGAGUUCGAUCUCUGAACCCUGCAUUUAUUGAGCAAUUAAAGGCCAACUUAGCCCUAUCACCCACUGCUCUGAGUCCAGACGUGAAGCCCACCCCACUGUCCCCCAGCAGCCCCCAGAGCCCAGCCACCCUGCUGAGCCCACACAGCCCCAGCUGGAGGCCCCCCCAGCCCAGCGAGGAGGAGGAGUCUGUGGGCUUCGAGACGCCAGCUGAGGGCAGCACUCUGCCCAGUUUCAACAAGACUCGAGCACGGCUGUCAAUCAAGCGCCGCCCCCCCACCCGACUGCACCGAAGGUCAGCUGGAGAGGAACCCACGUCCCCCUCCUCCUUGCCCCCCUGCGAACUCACCGAGCCAAACCAGAACGGCCUGAGCGAUCAAAUCUUCCACAGCCCCACACAGGAGGUCCAGCAGGAGGUGCAGGAGAUGGUCCAGAUGGAGGUCCAGGAGGAGGUCCAGGAGGAGGUCCAGGAGGAGGUCCAGAAGGAGGUCCAGGAGGAGGUUCAGGAGGAUGUCCCGGAGCAGGUCCAGGAGAUGGACCGGGACUGCGACACGAUAAGGGAGGAGGUCACCAAGAGUCACAUGGAGGAAGAGGAGCAGCAGAACUCCUCGCCUCCUGCUGCUGAAGCCCAGGAGAGAGAGGAGAACUGUGAGGAGGCGUCUGGACAAGCGGACGACAACUCGGAUGAAGCAAUGUGA